UCAAUGUAAAUUGAUCCCUGCUUCGACUUCUGCCCCCUUCACAUGUGCACCCAGCUCUUACCACAUUUCCCUUUUCCUUCAUCUUCACUUCCUACCAUCGCCAUUCAGCUCUACCCUCCAUUUCUGUCGUCCUAUAUCCUUGGAUCUGCCACCAAAGACAAACGACCAACGACAAACUCUUCGACUGUCACAACACAGACAACUUGACCCCACAUUGAGGCUGCCUCACAUCAAAAGAGUGUUUUCGAGCACGUUUCAGGCUAUAACCUGGUCGUCCAAGGCACGAUCGUCUACAUCCACACUCUCGAUUACCAAAAGAACCCACAGACUCGGUCUGAACUCCCCCCUCCCCCCAUCUCCGACUUUAAUUAGUCCCCGCGGUACAAUUAUCUUCCACUCCUCCACCUGCUCCCUGCCAAAUCUUGAUCCGUCCACUCAUAACGGCUUAACGUCGACAUGCCAGUGAUGAGGGACCCAGGUGCACCUUCUAACGUACUCGGUGACAUUACGUCAGAAGUGAUCCUUCAAUGGACAUUUGGCGGCGUCCCAAACGCCCCAGCUGCGUUACCAGUGGCACGCGAGAUCAUCCAGAACUUCCAAUUCACAGAUGACAGAGACAAGAAAGUUGUCCGACUCGACAUUGGGAUGCAAGGUCGGUUACUGCGAGAGAGUCAUACCAACGGCCAACCAACCGCACUUAUCGACAUCCCCGGAGUUACACAUGGAGUGUUCUACACAGCUCGAUGGGUAUCGCGUAACAUCAUCGAGGUCGGUCCCCCAGUGAAAGAACUGGAAAAUUGGGCCAUUCAGAUCUCUGGGCUGGGAACCCGAUUCCAGAACGUGUCCAAGUACCAACCCUCAGAACCGCCUGACAACACCCCAUUUGGCAAAACUGUUCACGCAAUGAUCAACGCGAUUUACCAUGAGAGGUUGCCCUUUGUUCCCGAUGUUCUCUAUGAAGAUAUAAGAAAGUUUGGUGGCACAGAUGUAAUCAGUCAAACAAUCAUCGACGGUGUCAAGCUUGCUGGGCUCUACGAUGCGUUCAAUGUACCGAAUUUCAACAUCAGCCAACUGAGGGCAGCUGCGUUAUGCACCUUACCAACCAACACAUCCCGCGUAUUAGCUGGUGUGUAUGCCAGGUGGAGUAAGUCUAAUGCAACGAUGCCUACAUCUGUUGCUGCAUGGACACCAAAUACAACAUAUUUAUAUGUCGGCCAUUCAAAGAACUUGGAUUCGCGUCACGCAAGCCAUCUCUCCUCCACAGGUUCAUACGGCAUUUUGAAUCGAAAUGCAGAUGUGCGUGCAUUUGCGCUUUGCCUAUUACCUAAAGAGAGCCACAAGAUAUUCCUCUAUAUUGCAGAGCAAGUACUGAUGUGCAUGCUUCAAUCUUUCAGGAAGGGUAUCUACAGUUCAAGCUGCGAGUCAAAACACGUAGCAAUGGUCCACCAGGCUAAGAUGAUAGUUAAUCUAUCAAAUGAAGUUUUCGCUAUCACCAGAUGGACAGGCGCUCAACAGCGGCCAUCAUUUAGCGUUGACCAAGGUGCAAACCUCAGCUUGCCGGUUGUAGAGUACUUGCGUAUGCUGGAGACUGCUCUUUGGGUUCGCCAGGACACGCAUGCCGCUCAUCCUGAGACAGGGCAAACUAUGCCAAUGGCCAUUUUUCGCCGCUCGACACCCAUUACAUAUACCCUGAGUGGAAGGUCAAAAACCGGAGAGUUGCGCUUCUUCAAUUUCCAAAUGCCGGUCUUCCAACUUUCCUGCGCCCCGGUAGCACUAGACAAACCUGCCAUCGGCCAGACGUGUCAGGCCAUUAUCGAAAUUCGAAAGGAUAAGCUACCACACCCAAGGUCGUUUGCUCGAUUGGCAGACAUUCCCAGGUUUCAGAACUGGGAUCAAGCCCGCUCGGUUGCUGUCCGAAUUGAAUGAGAAGAUCUAAAGCAGCCU